AUGGCAAGUCGGAGCUACUCCACUGCAAACUCUUCGCCUUGGUUGCUGGGGAUCUCUACCGCCUUCGAAUACAACAAUGGCGCAUGGGCGCCUGCCUCUCGUGGCCUGACAUCUGUGAACCUUGAAUUCGUCCUGCAGGCCCUUCGUAGAGCUCAGGCGUAUUAUUCCAUAAUGGCCCAGAUGAAGCCGAAGAGAUGUUAUGAUGACAUUGUCUUCGAGAUCAAAGCCAUCCAGCAAGUGGGUAUGGAGGAGGUUCUCUUGCAAUGGCAACUUCAGGAUAUCAUUCAGAGGAAACCUGAAGUCAGAGCAUGUGAGUGGCUCUGUGGCCUGUCUGAGCUUUGUCGGACGACCAUCGUGAAAUGCUUCCAACGUUGGGGCGAUGAAGAAAUACGGGUCAAACAGCAACCAGGGCUCUGCUUCCAGGAUGCAUUCAUCUCGACUGUGGAUGGCAACCCGAAACAAAUGCAGAAAGAUGCCCGUCAUGGUUGUUACAUAGCCAUCCCUACUCCCAUCGCCUUUGUGCCCAGCAUGGCCACCAGACAGCGAUACGCCAGCAUCCUCUUGUCUUUUGCAGGCUCAGAUGGAUUGCAAGUGCUGCUCAACCAAUGUGCUCUGGUUGUGGCCCGUGUCCGGCAGCCUGACAUCUUGCACAUUGUUGUUGGAUGUGGACAUGACGGCAAAACUUUGAUUUUUGUCGAUCACUUGCAAGCUGUCUUUGGCAGUGCCUUCAGUUGCGCUCCGUGCGGCAUGCUGCAAUCGGAGCGAGAAUUCCAAGUCCAAGGUGCCAAUUUCAUACAUGCAGCCUUCCUCACCUUUGAUGAAUGCAAAAGAGAUUCAGGAAUCAUGGAGGAUAUCGUCAAAGUGUUCGUCGGAGGUGGCUGGCUACCUCUCCGCAGAAACCACGAAGCAGAGACUAGAUACGGGCAUUGGGCAUGCACUGGCAAAGUCUGGGCACUGAAUUCCGGUGACAUCCCUCGUGUUCCAACGGCGGAAGAGGUUUCCCAUCAAAGGCGGUUCCGCUGCACCUGCAUGCGGUCCACAUUCACAGCCUUGGAGGAGGAAGUUGACAUCCCCUACAAAGUCUUCCAUGCCGACCCGGGGGCCAAGUCCUUUAUGUCUUCUGGCGAAGCAGUGUGGUGCUUCUUCCAAGAUUUCCUUUUCCCUCAUCUUCGGGCAAACGGUGUGCCAACAUGCAGUGACAACCUGGAGUACAUGAGGAAAGGCACGAGCAUGCACAAAGAUACCCACUGGUUGCUGAGGAAGAUGAACCGCACCACUGACUGCAUCCAUCCAGACACAGCCCAAGGCCUUGAAGCCCAGAAUGAAAGACCUGGUGAAGCUCCUGCGGCGACUUUGCCUGAGCGCAUUGUCCGGGAGACUCACGCCUCCAUCCACGCCCAAUUCUUCUCCGCAGCAGACAUCAACCGGAUUGUUGUGCCUUCAAAUCCGGGCUCUGCUCCUCCAACACGGCCUGGGAAGAAACUACGGGUGGAAUAUUUGAAGGAUUCUUUGCAGCAGUUUCCUCACUUGAUCCGCUUGGUCGACGGUCUCCAACGUGCAGGAGCCCCCUUGGACCGCUUUGAGCGCCGGUGCCUCGAUGCUGACAGUUGGAACCAGUGCCUCCAAACAUGCUUAGAAAGCCAGAACAUCCCGGAAGUGGUUGGAACAUGGAAUGAUUGGCUCUGGCCCAGCGCUGCGGAAGCUUCAGCCUACAACACCGAUGAGACACCAGGGUUCCCCCGAGGAGAACACACACGCCUACUUGCAGAGCUUUGUGAAAGAGAAGGCACAAUCGAGGGUGACGUGACCAUCCUUUCCACAUUGGGGCACCAGAAGAAAGCCGCUGGCGCAUCCUUGGGGCGUGUUUUCUUCCCCUGGAUCAGCUUUCCAAAUUUGUCUCGUUCCGCCCGAGACUUUGGAAGCCCGCCUGGAACCAAGGAGUUUGAUAUGCCCAAUGCAGUGGUUCACUUUGCAUUGGUCUGGGCAAAGGAAUAUGGGCUCGACCUGCCUUGCUUCCAACGCUACCAUGCAAACAAAGGGACAUGGCGGAAGAUCGUCAUGCAGUGGUUUGCCCUUGCCGAGCAGGAUGCAAAGAAGGCCCUGUUGCAGGCUUGCUUUGGUUUUGCUUUCCCAUCGCGUGCGAGUGGCAAACCUGUGAUUUGCCCAUUGCUUGAAGGCUUAGCAGCAGAUGCCAUGAGGCUGAGGGCCACCAUGUGCGAAAGGCACCCUAGCUUGCUGGCAGCCAUGCGGGCAGCUGGCCGACCGAGACCAGAGACUUCCACCAUGGCUUUCCUGCUCUUUGACAAGGAAAACCAGACCAUGCAAGCAUUCUGCAAAUUACUGCCAAAGUAUGGGUUUGCUUUGGUUGCACCUGUCUUUGAUGCAGUGCUGGCCGUGCCACAGAGCAGAACAGAGGAAGAUGGCACCGAGAGGGCGCCAAAUCAAGAUGCUUUGCUCAAUGAUUUUCGCGACAGCACAGGAAUCACGAUGCAGGUCAAAACAUUGAGCCGCACCAGGCCGCAGGCGACUGUGCCGAACAUAUUGCGCGAACUCUUGUCCAACAACAUGGCCAUCCGUAUGGACCCGGUCCAGCGCCUACCUGGGCGCUUCUCAUGCAUUGGCACUGCUCUCCUGAACCUGUUUCCAGACGAAGCCAAUGGUAUCAAAGAAGCAACCUCCAAUUUGAGCAGCCCGAUCUCCUACCACCACACCAUGGAGAUUUGCCCCAAUGUUCUCAUUGAACCAACUUCGUUCGAUCAAGCCACUCAAAGCGGUGACGGGACAUGUUUCCUGGUCCAUGCGUCAAACACUUGGGAUGCUGACGUUGGUCAUGCAUAUGGUGUGAAAAUGGUGGAGGCUACCGCCCAGAUCUACACCUCGACAGAGGAGGAGUACAUCCAAACCAACAUGCAAUUGCUCUGGCAGAAGCUAGCAAAGACACCAGGCACGUACAUCUUCAAAAUCUCCAUUAUCAGUCAGGAUGGGGAACCACAGGCCAAGCGUCGCAAAAAAGAUGCGGCGUCGACGACUUCAGUUGAACUUCUUUUGAAAGCCGGUGUGGUGGAGGCUGAGGAGACUUUGCGCCCGGUCAUGCCACAAGUUCGAGAGCGCAUGUCUAAGGAGGUUUCCCAGGAACUUGCCCGUCCCAAGCUUAGUUACCACAGUUGCAAGGUCAACAGCGUCCAUGAUACUCCAUGA